AGUAUCAUUAUUUGUAGACCCGUCUCUACUGAAUACUCGAGCGUCCUCCGAAAGCGGCAGCCUUGACGACCAAUCAGCACUGUCGAUUCGCUGCCGCAAUAUUUUGGAAUUCGGGAUUUGUGGCCAUCGUCCUCAACAACAGUUUGGUUGAACAGGGGUUUCUCGUGGUCACUUCGAACGUUUGAUGUCCAGAGAUUGACCACAUGUUACAUUGUAACAUCUCAGAAUGCAAACCCUGCAUGAGACAUAUGCUUGGUCUGUAACGCUUUUUGCCUUUUAUUAAUGAUGUGGGACUGAACUUGCAAACAGUACGCUCACUCCCCUCCUUCCGUCCACAAUGGCAGCAUCAUCUGCCUAUCAAACCGAGCCUUCCUCAGAAGUCGGGCCCAACAGCAGCCCCAGCCUAAUCAAAGACGAGUGUGAGUCAGAGGACCCAAGCAAUAAACUCAAGGUUGAUCACGGUGCCAGUGAGAGUCACCAAAAAGUAGACUUCUGGUUCUGUGAGGAGUGCAAGGAGUAUUUCUUGGAGGAAUGCCCCACCCAUGGUCCUCCAGUCUUUGUGCCAGACACAUCAGUGGCACUGGGGGUGCCCAACCGGGCAGCCCUCACGGUGCCCUCUGGAAUAGAGAUCGUCCAGGAGGAGGAGGUGGAUGUGUGCUGCAUAGAUGCGGGCAUCCCCAAGGGGGCGCUCUUUGGCCCAUAUCAGGGGGAGCUGGUGUCAAAAGACUAUUCCGCAGGGUUUUUCUCAUGGAUAAUCGUCGAUGAAAACAACACAUACAAAUCCAUUGAUGGCAGUGAUGAAACUAAAGCUAACUGGAUGAGGUAUAUACGGAAUUCGUCGGAUGAGAAUGAGAGGAACCUGACUGCGUUCCAGCAUGGAGAGCACAUAUACUUCCGUGUGUGCCGACAGUUGUCGACAGGAGAGAAGCUCCGUGUUUGGUACAGCGAUGACUACAUGAGGCGGCUGCACAGUGUCUCGCAGGACAGCAUUGACCGUGACCUGGACACAGGCCUGUUUAAAUCCAAGGCCCAGGAGGAGACCAAAGGACCCAUGCUCAGGUCAGCUCUGCAUGGGAGGCGGAGCUUCAGCAAGCACACUAGUGAGGAGGGGGACGGUCAACCACAAACCAAGAAAAAGAAGAUCGACCUGAUCUUCAAAGAUGUCCUGGAAGCUUCUCUGGAGGCCUCCAAGAGCCAGGAAACUCCUCUGAAUAGCACCUUCUCCCUGAGGCGGGCCAGAGCUCAGCAUGUCAGCCACCACUACAGCCACCCCACACUCACCUCCCAGAGUGGGGAGUCUUAUUUGGCCCAGGAGGAAUGCAAAGUGCCAGGUCUGAGUCUCCACCCAUCAGAGCACUUAGAUGGGGGUUUUGAUGUUCGUUGUCUGAAGAUGGAGGAUUCAGAAGACGACCCUGGUCAGACUCAUGAGGGGCCUUCCACCUCGUUUUGCCCCAACUGUGUGAAGCUUAAGAGGAGGAUUCGGGAGCUGGAGGCAGAGGUGUUUCGUCUGAGGGGAGGGGAGCAGGUGGAGGUACCCCUCCACCCUGAGCUCGCACCUAUAGAUGAGCUCCAAGCAGUUGAGGCUAUAACCCCUAUUCCCGUGCUGCUGGAUGAGGAUGAUCCGGAUGUGGAGUCUGCAGAUGAGUCCAUCACUGCUGACCUCAUGGUGGCUGCUGACGACUCCUCCAAGCUGUUUGCUGUAACUGGACGGCGCAUACGCCGCUUCAAGCAGGAAUGGCUCAAGAAGUUCUGGUUCCUACGCUACUCGCCAACGCUCAAUGAGAUGUGGUGUCAUGUCUGUCGCCAGUACACCGUCCAGUCCUCACGCACCUCCGCCUUCAUCAUCGGCUCCAAGCAGUUCAAGAUCCACACCAUCAAGCUGCACAGCCAAAGCAACCUACAUAAGAAGUGCCUUCAGCUAUACAAGCUCCGCAUGCACCCAGAGAAGACCGAUGAGAUGUGUCAUAACAUGCUGCUGCUGUUCAAUGCUGCUUACCAUCUGGCCCUGGAAGGCCGGCCCUUCUCAGACCUGCAAGCUCUGGCCGAGUUGCUUAAGAAAUGCGAGCUCAAGGUAGUCGACCAGUAUAUGAACGAAAGCGAUUGCCAGACGCUCAUCCACCAUAUUGCCAGGGCACUUAAGGAAGACCUGGCAGAGAGGAUACGCCUGUCACCCUUCCUCAGUGUCAUCAUGGACGGGCAGAGCGAAGGCUUGCUGUCAGACACCGUUGCCGUCUAUGUGCAGUUCACCACCAGCGAGGGACCCCCUGCCACAGAGUUCCUCUCCCUGCAGAGGCUGAGCGUUGGCAGUGUGGAUGGCUACCUCCAGGCCAUUGAUCGGGCCUUUGCUGUGCUUGGUCUGAGGCUUCAGGACAUGCUGGUGGCUGGUCUGGGGGUCGAUGGCUCCAACAUCUCCUCCAGUUUGAGAGCAAAUAUGUACAUUGAUUUACGGAAGAUGCUCCCCUGGAUCCUCUGCUUGCCGGUCAUGAUCCAUCGUCCUCACCUGGAGGUGCUGGAUGCCAUCAGUGGGAAGGAGCUGUCCUGUCUGGAGGACCUGGAGAACAACCUGAAGCAGCUGCUGAGCUUCUACCGGUACUCGCCUCACAUGAUGGCCGAGCUCAGGACUACCGCCCCCACACUGUCUGAGGAGACACAGUUCCUGGGAGACAUACGAGCCGUCCGCUGGAUUAUAGGGGAGCCAAAUGUCCUGAACGCCCUUCUCAAAGAUUACCUGGAGGUGGUGGCGCACCUCAAGGAUAUUAGCAGCCAAACGCAGAGGGCAGAUGCAGCAGCCAUUGCCUUGACCCUACUUCAGUUCCUCAUGGAUUACCAGUCUGUCAAGCUAAUAUACUUUCUCUUGGAUGUCAUCGCUGUCCUUUCACGCCUUGCUUUCAUCUUCCAGGGGGACUACCUGCUGGUAUCUCAGGUAGAUGCCAAGAUCGAAGAGGCCAUCCAUGAUAUCGGUCAGCUGGUGGACUGCCCUGGGGAGUACCUGCAGGAGUUUGAGGAUAAUUUCCGCGAAAGUUUUAAUGGCGUAGACCUGAAGAACUUACGGGUCGCAGAGUCCAAGUUCCAAUCCAUCCGCGAAAAGAUCUGCCAGAAGAGCCAGGGCAUCUUGUCCCAGCGACUCGACAUGCACAGCCGCACAGUGGUCAAGGCGUGCCGGGUGCUUGACCUCACCACCUGGCCACGCAACAGGGAUGACCUGCAAGCCUUUGGGGAGGAAGAGAUCCUGCUUAUCUUUGACCACCUUGAAGCGAUUCCCUCUGCUGUCCGGGAGGCAUUGCAGGACAGAAUUGACGCUCGGGGCAGCCUGCUGGUGGAGUGGAGGGACCUCAAAGCUGACUAUUGCGGCAUGAACGGCUUCAAGGAGGUGGUCAGUCAAAUCUCUAGGUACAAGCAGCGCUUCCCUCUGCUUAACCGCAUCCUCCAAGUCGUCAGGGUCCUGCCCACUUCCACCGUCUGCUGUGACAAGGGCCGGGGGUCCCUGCAGAAAGUGCGUAAGAACAACUGCUCAAGGCUGACGCUGGACCAGAUGAAUGACCUACUGACCCUUGCGGUUAAUGGGCCACCCAUGGCCAACUUCGAUGGCAAGCGACCAUUGGACAGCUGGUUUGAGGAGAAGUCUGGAAACAGUUAUUCACUCUCAGCUGAAAUGCUGAGUAGAAUGUUGGCUAAUGAACAAAAGUCUGUUUUGCACAGCAUGGAUGUGAACACAGAGUUCUACCCUGAUAUUUGACUGAUAAGGGCCAGGGCUUUACUCCACUUUAUUCCAAAAGCUAGGGAUGUAACGAUUCACCGAUAUGCAUUGGUCCCCGAUUUAAAUGUUUAAGAUACAAUGGCAUCGGUUUUCGGACCCCAAACCGAUCCAAAUGUAGGUCAGAAAAUCGAUUCAUAGGUUACGAAUUGCCAAGUUCACAUUUUGUUUUGCACAUAUUCUUUCUACCUAAUCUUUUGUCACAACUGAUGCGUCCUCUCCUUCAGGGUCGAACAGCAUGUAACUGUUGACAGUCAUUGAUCUACAAGUGAUUUUGCAUGCUGAAACAACCCAAGGCAAUAUCAGUAGCCUAGUCAAACUGUGCACUGUGCCGAGUGACAACCUAUGUAAUUUGCUAGGUUAUUGUUAUCUAUGCGCUUUUGAAAAUGUUGUUUUCCCCGAAAUAAAAGUAAGCUACUGGAGACACAACUCUCA